AUAAAAGGGAGGGAAAAAAUAAAUAAUCGAGAGCUUACUUUACUUGCAGAUAAUUACUCACUCGGACACAGCCUCCUCUCCUUCUCUCUCAUCGUUAGGUUCCGAGAAUCUUCAAAUCUUCAAUAGAGAGAGAGACUGAGUUGCAGGGGGGCUGUUUCUGAAUUUCUAAAUAAAUCAUGGCAUCUUCUUCAUCGCAGCUUCGACUUAUGUCAGAUCUUAAAUCCAUUAUAAACGAGCCUCCAGAGGGAUGUAGUGCAAGUCCUUUAUCUGAUGAGAAUUUGUUUGUUUGGAGCGCUACAAUAUUUGGUCCAGAUGAAACCCCAUGGGAAGGUGGUGUUUUUGGAUUACGAUUGACGUUUGGAGAUAGCUACCCGGAAAAGCCCCCUCGUGUUCGGUUUACAUGUGAAAUUUUCCAUCCUAAUGUUUAUCAAGAUGGAACACUUUGCAUGGACAUAAUCCAGGACGCGUGGUCACCCUGUCACAAUGUUUGCACAAUUCUCACGUCAGUUCAGUCUCUACUUACUGACCCAAAUCCGGCUAGUCCUGCAAAUCCUGAAGCUGCUCAGAUGUAUCAACAUGAUAUACAGUCUUACAACAGGAGAGUCCGCCGAUGUGCUCGCAGAUCCAUCGAGUCUUAAGUUUUGUUCGCAAGCAAAUCAGUCACCCUCGUCCUGAUAAACAACUUGGAUUAAUUUGGGUAGACUUCCAUUAGCUGGGUUUUGUAUUCUCAUUUAUUUUGUAACUUUUAAGUAUUCAUCAUCAAUGUUGUAUGUCAUGUAAAUACCAUACAAAAGCAUACAUUACUGUUUGUCAGUCGUGGUCCUAAACUUUCAAGAACUUUCUGAAAGAAGUCGGAACCUGGUUCAUAAGAAUAAUAAUACAAAAAAAAAAAAAAAACAACAACAACAAGAAAACGUCUUUCAAAGAGAA